UCUAAGCUUGAAAGCCUUCCAGAAGAGAUAGCGGAUUUGGAAACACUUGAUGUCACACGCACUCUAAUGUCACGACCUCCGUCUUCCAUCGUCCGCUUGAACAAAGCUUAAGUUCUUGAGUUUUGCAAAACAAAAAUCAGAAGUAAGCCUUGGAGAUGAAGUGUACUUUGUGUUCCCUCCAGUGGCUGAAGGAUUACGCUCAUUGGAAACUUUGAAUCCUAAUAACUACAAACUUCUGGAAGACAAUGGAUCCUUAUCCUCUUAAAAAGAGUUGUAUCUUAGGGGAAAUGAUUUUUGAGCAUUUUCUUCAAAGCAUAGCCAACUUGGACUUAACAGAGUGCAAGAGUCUUGCACAGCUGCCAGGACUUCCACCAAAAUUAGAUGCAUCGCAUGCAGAUUAUCAUAUGGCUCUGAAAAGUAUUCAUAGUUUAUCGACCAAGAAGAACUUACAGCUGGUGAUCCUCACACCACAGUCAAUUUGCCUGAGAAUCGGAUGUCGUGGAUAUGUCCCAGAUACUUGCCUUGUGCAACCAUUCAAAAUAUUUUCGAGAAUUUAAUUUUCAUUUUUUCUUGGUACCUCUUGCUGGCUUAUGAGAUACAUCUAAAGCAAAUGGAAAGCACCAAUUGACUAUGGGCUUGUUGAGUUACCUUUCUCUGGAGAAAUGGAGGAGUUCAGAUUUCAUUUGUUGUAUAAAAAUGAACCUGAGCUUGAGGCCGUGCAAGAGAUGCCGAAAAAUAAUGGUGGUUCGUUUUACUUAAUUGGCUCUAAAAUGGCUCUCUGAAAUAAAAUAUUUGUUUCUUUGUUUAGUUUACUUACCCUUUGCAGCUUCUU